UGGUGUCUUGACAUCACACACAGAUUCCUCUUUGGCUCUGACCCUCAUCAGUGUGUCAGGAUCCAGUGGUGAAGCUGUGAGGGUGAAACUCUUACUGGAAUCUGAAAAUAACUCUCCUGCCCAUUCAGGGACAGCGUGCAAAUUAUCAUUCACAGAGGUAGUGCUGCUAUUCAAAUUCAGCAUGAAUGGGCUCUCCAAGACUUCUCUGGAUCUCCAGAACUCAAAGAGAAUACAUGCAUGGAAAUCCAGUGUACAUAACUUCAUCCACAGUCCAUUACCCUGGAGGAAAAUCAACAGACAGGAAACAAAUGAAACAAGCCUACUGGGAGAAUCUCUUGAGACACUCCUUUCCCAGAAAUGUGGACAAAUAGCAUUUCGGGACUUUCUGAAAUCAGAGUUCUGUGAAGAAAAUCUGGACUUCUGGCUCGCCUGUCAAGAGUUUAAAACCUCUGAGCACAGUCUAGAGGAGCUCACACGGAGAGCAGCAAGCAUUUAUGAAGAGUUCAUCGGGGCUGAGUCGCCUAGACAGGUAAACUUAGAUUUCUACACAACAAAGGCCAUCAGCCAGAGUCUCCAGCAGCCGAGUCCAUCAUGUUUUGUUGUGGCACAGAGAAAAAUCUACAGCAUGAUGGAGAACGACUCCUUCCCACGCUUCAUUCAAUCGGAGCAAUACAAAGUUCUGUUUGAUGCGGCUUCCAAGCACGGAGGCCUUGGGAAGCACAGAAAGGCCUUGAAGAUAAGGAGCACUGGAGAUCUAAUGCAGCUUGAUUCAAAACCAAUCAGGCCGCAGUGUGAGCUCUAUCUCUUGCACAAAGCCAGACAUCAUGCAUGUUGAUGGGGUAAAGCGUUGCACAGACACAGACUCAGGAACUGCUGCUGACAGACACUGUGUAGGCACUUCCCCUUCCCUUCAAAAUGUCACCUCAACAACACAAUAAUGUGACAAGACUGAGAGCUGUGACAGUGCUGUGGACAUGAAACGCUGCAGAUGGUGCCAUCUGGUGCACAGUGGACACUGGACAUCACCAAAGGUUAAACUUUGGGUUUUUAACCUUGGGGUGCUUUAGGCUGUAUGGCUGAAUGUGAUACGUGCGGUUUUAUAAAAGAAAAUGU